CGGUGUAGUAGUCAACACGGCACGGCACUUGUGUGCAUUUUCCGCCUGACUGACGGACGGGUGGAGUGCUAAGGCCCCAUCCAAGGCAGGGCUGAUCCCUCACCACACUGGUGUCGGCUGGCAGGAACCUGCCUGGGCAGGCCUACUCAUUGGUACCUGGGCUGAGUCCACUCCCUACCUAGACUUCAAGCCCGAUUGUCAAAGUCCCUUUCCCAUCAUCCUAGGCUAAUAAGAAUUGCGUGUCAAUCGCGUGUGAUUCCAUUGGACGACACGCCUCGCUCGCAUCCCAUUGACGGCAACCCGUAGAUACGUAGAUCGUCUGAGUGGGUUCAACCUCACCUUGGAUUGAUUGGUGCUCCGUCCGUGAAAUCCCGUGUUUGAGUUGACAUCUGCGGGUGGUGAUUCACCGGAUUUGUCCGGUCUGAUCACUCUGUGAUCAUGGAAUUUCGCUCGGGUAAGCCCGUGUCGCCCCCACCCGCCCCAGGCGCCGGGGCUACGCACGAUAUGAAAAUGACGGAGACCCACCUGCAGACCAAUAUCCGAUGGGAUCCAUCCUACCUCAAGAGCGUGCCGGGCAUGCUCAAGCUGGCGGCGGUGAUUGUGGACUUGGUGGGCUUUAUAUGUGUGAUGUGUGCCUCGGCCUAUUGGCGCACACGCUCCGUGGGCAGUUGGUUCGCCUUUGUCACCAUGACAGGGUUUUGGACCACGGGCACGUUGCUCUUGUUCUAUCUGCUCCAUGUGAUUGAAAAAUUUCACGUCAUCCCUUGGAUGUUAAUUGAGAUGAUCUUCUGCGCUUUGUGGGCCUUCUUCUUCCUAACUGGAGGUUUGGACACGGCCAUUAAUGCGGCCAAUGAUUCGGCCUUUGGCGCUGCCGCCUUUUUCGCUUUCGUGGCUAUGGGUAUCUACGGCUUCGACGCCUUCCUCAAAUUUCGCGGUUGGCAAGCCGGACACCACGCCCAAGGCCUCCGAACCGUCCAGCAUAACAAGCCAGAAGUCCCGGCUCCGGCCUAUUAAAUGGAAAGAAACAGACAUUCCCGUUAACACCGGGUGAUGAGUGCAAAUUCUUCCCGGGUGCAUCCGAGUGUGGAGAUGGUCCCAACCUUUUUAUUACCCACCCCGGAUCGGAAGCUCACCGUCCGUGCUGUGUUUAGCUUAUGCCCGCCUUGGCCCAGGACUGUAUUUCAUGAGUUCACGCCCUCAUAUCCUAUGAUUUACUAUUUUUCCUAACUAAUAUCACCCAAUGAAGUCUGAUGCCGCAUUAGCUUCAAAUACAGAAACAUUAAACUAGCCA